CGCUCCUGGGCGUGGGGAAGCCGCCGUGUGCGCGCCCGCCCGCCCGCCCUCCCGCGUGUCCCCUCCGGCGGCCCGUUCCCCCGUAACGCGCCCUCGCUCUCUCCUCUUUUCCUCUCUCCCUCUCUUCGCACACAGAGAUGCCCUCGGCUACCAACAGCACUAUGGCGAACAGCAGCGGGAAAGCGGGCCCGGGUGGUGAAACUACCCCAGCGGCGGCAGCAGCGGCGGCCGCCCCGCAGCAGGCAUCGGGUGGCAGCAUCACCUCGGUGCAAACCGAGGCCAUGAAGCAGAUCCUGGGAGUGAUCGACAAAAAGCUGCGCAACCUGGAGAAGAAAAAGAGUAAACUUGAUGAUUACCAGGAACGAAUGAACAAGGGAGAACGUCUGAAUCAAGAUCAACUGGAUGCGGUCUCAAAAUACCAGGAAGUGACAAAUAAUCUGGAAUUUGCUAAAGAACUGCAGAGGAGUUUUAUGGCUCUGAGCCAAGACAUCCAGAAAACAAUUAAAAAGACAGCUCGCAGGGAGCAACUGAUGCGAGAAGAGGCUGAGCAGAAGCGUUUAAAGACUGUCCUAGAGCUACAGUUUAUUUUGGACAAGCUGGGUGAUGAUGAAGUGCGCAAUGACUUGAAACAAGGAUCAAAUGGAGUACCAGUGCUGACAGAAGAGGAACUGACAAUGCUGGAUGAGUUUUACAAGCUAGUGUACCCUGAACGAGACAUGAACAUGAGGUUGAAUGAGCAGUAUGAGCAAGCAUCUGUUCACCUGUGGGACUUACUGGAAGGGAAGGAAAAACCAAUUUGUGGAACAACCUAUAAAGCGCUGAAGGAGAUUGUUGAACGUAUUCUUCAAACUAGUUACUUUGAUAGCACCCAUAACCAUCAGAACGGGUUAUGUGAGGAAGAAGAGGCAGCACCUGCACCUGCAGUAGAAGACGCUGUAGCAGAAGCUGAACCUGAUCCAGCGGAAGAAUUUACUGAACCAACUGAAGUUGAAUCAACUGAGUAUGUAAACAGACAAUUCAUGGCAGAGACUCAGUUCAGCAGUAGUGAGAAGGAACAGGUAGAUGAGUGGACAGUUGAAACGGUUGAGGUUGUAAAUUCGCUGCAGCAACAGACACAAGCUACAUCUCCUCCAGUUCCUGAACCUCACACGCUCACUACUGUGGCUCAAGCAGAUCCUCUUGUUAGAAGACAGCGAGUACAGGACCUUAUGGCGCAGAUGCAGGGCCCGUAUAACUUCAUGCAGGACUCUAUGCUGGAGUUUGAGAACCAAACACUUGAUCCUGCCAUUGUAUCUGCACAGCCCAUGAAUCCAGCACAAAAUUUGGAUAUGCCACAAAUGGUUUGCCCUCCAGUUCAUGCUGAGUCAAGACUUGCCCAGCCUAAUCAAGUUCCUGUGCAACCAGAAGCUACACAGGUUCCCUUGGUUUCUUCUACAAGUGAGGGAUAUACAGCCUCCCAACCCAUGUAUCAGCCUUCUCACACAACAGAGCAACGGCCACAGAAAGAAUCAAUUGACCAGAUUCAGGCUUCAAUGUCACUGAAUGCAGACCAGACCCCAUCAUCAUCAUCACUUCCCACUGUAUCCCAGCCACAGGUGUUCCCAGCUGGGUCUAGCAAGCCUUUGCAUAGCAGCGGAAUCAAUGUUAAUGCAGCUCCAUUCCAAUCCAUGCAAACAGUAUUCAACAUGAAUGCACCUGUUCCUCCUGUUAAUGAGCCAGAAACCCUUAAGCAGCAAAAUCAGUACCAGGCCAGUUAUAACCAGAGUUUCUCCAAUCAGCCUCACCAAGUAGAACAAUCAGAUCUUCAGCAAGAACAACUCCAGACAGUGGUUGGUACUUAUCAUGGUUCCCCGGACCAGACUCAUCAAGUGGCGGGUAACCACCAGCAACCUCCCCAGCAGAAUACUGGAUUUCCACGUAACAGUCAGCCUUAUUAUAACAGUCGAGGAGUGUCUCGUGGUGGAUCACGUGGGGCUCGUGGCUUAAUGAACGGUUACAGGGGACCGGCAAAUGGAUUUAGAGGAGGAUAUGAUGGCUACCGUCCUUCCUUUUCCAACACUCCGAACAGUGGUUACACGCAGCCCCAAUUUAAUGCUCCUCGGGAUUAUUCAAACUACCAGCGGGAUGGAUAUCAACAGAAUUUCAAACGUGGCUCUGGACAAAGUGGACCUCGGGGAGCUCCUAGAGGUCGUGGAGGACCCCCAAGACCAAACAGAGGGAUGCCUCAAAUGAAUGCUCAGCAAGUGAAUUAAACAAAUUCACGGGAUUACAUUAAACGCCAAAAACACACUGGCCAGUGUACUAUACAUGUUACCAGAAGAGUUAUUAUCUAUUUGUUCUCCCUUACAGGAAGUUUGUUGUAAAGGGACUAUUUUCAUUACCCAUAAUGACAGGACUACAGUUGCCAGCUUUAUAUUACCUGGAUAUUGAAAGGAACGAAUCAACGUUUACUCUGCAUGUUCUGUCCUAAGCAUCAUCUUGAGCCUUGCACAUGAGAUUCAGAUUCCUCACCCUUGCUAAGAGUAAAGCAAAAAAGGCAAUUUUCAGGGUGAUCCAAUCUCCAUGGUUAACUGAAGUGGCAGGAAAAAGCAAAGACUCACUUCUGAUGUUUAAAAGUGAUGUAACAAAUUUGGAUAAAAUCUGCAAAUUCUUAAAGAUUUACUGUGGUGGCAGUUGAUAAAACUUAAUGUUCCCAUGAAAGGAUGGAAAAGGUGAAGUGUGGCUUGGUAGAGCAACUGCAUUUCAGCUUUUUCUUACUAAAUUGAAGCACUGAACAGUUAAAGAUGCGUAGUAAUGCAUAUUUCCCUGAAUAGACAAAUAGGCUUAUAGCCAGUUUUUGACAAAGCAGCAGCACCCCUUAGCUGCAGCACUCCUCCUCACCAGGGCCCUGUUUACUGUGGCUAAGGAUUUAAGAUCGCUUGCAUAACUGCUAAUGUAAUUGUGUAAUUUUUUUUUUUUUUUUUAAACAAGAAGAAAAGCUUUGAUUUGGCACUUCAACAAACUUUUGCAACAAAUGUGAGAUAUGAUCUGGAUGGCCACUGUAUAUUUGAUGUGAAGUAUUUAGAUAUCUCUUUGAAACACUUCUAAGUUUCUUUGAUAGCAAUGACUUUUGUAAGGAUUGGUAUUCUCUAUCAUUCCUUAUGACUUGCACAUUGUCUGUCACUAAUACUUGACCUUGCUGUAUUAUCACCUAAAUAACUGAUUCCGGUACUGAUGGAAAUCUCUAAUGGAUAAUCAUAACACUUUUGGUCACAUGUCCUUUUGUCUUUCCUGCAGCCUUGAAGGUUUUAAGAAAUCUCAAAUGCCCGCUGCUGCUGCCCUUUUAAUUGCUAUCUUUUGAAAAGCACCAGUAUGUGUUUGAAUUGAUUUCCCCUUUUAAGGGAAAUGACAGCCAGCAGUUACAGUUCUAAUGGUAUAAGCAAGACAAAUAAAACAUGUUUAUAAAAAUUGUAUCCUGGAACACUGGUUUUCAGCGACUGAAACAAAUGUAAUGUGAUGGGGUGACAUUUCAUAAGGUUUUGGGUUUUUUUUCCCUGAUAGAUUCUCUUCUUCCUGAAUAGUUGUAAACCCUCCUCCUGUUUUUCUGAUUUUAUUCUAAUAGCUGUGACUUCUGGGAAACUUCUUUUUACGGACUUUCCUUUUCAUCAAGGCAGCAAUGUAUAAAAGUAAUGGCAUAAGACUAGGAGCUGGAAAAUACCAAGUCUUAUUCAAGUUUUACUGCAUACUUGUGGUAUAAUCUUUGGAAAAUCACUUGUGCCUACCUUUUGCGCACAUGCACUCUCUCUGCAGUGGGGAGAAUAUAUUGAUAGCUGCCUCCAUAGAGGUGUUGGUAGUUCUGUUGCAUUCUAUAGCACGUGCAAGAAGGAAAGUGCUAUAUGUGUUAAGUAUUGCUCAUCAAAUCCUACCUGUGGAAAGGUGAAAUUAAGGAACAGCUACAUGUUGUUUAACUGUUAUAUAUAAAACUGAAGGUUGUUUUCACUCAGAGGGUCAUUUCUACUUUGUAUCAUAACUGAACUUUCAGAACUUGUAGUCAGAUGUUUUGAUUUUGUUGUGAAAUAAUCUGAAACUCUACAAAUAGGUGGUAAUAUCACUUUUCCAUGUUCUGUGUGAAGAGCACAAAUGAGAUGUUUUUACUGAGAAAAGUGAUAAGCUUGUGAAGACGAUAUUACACACCAGACAUCUUGAAACGAUGCUGAUGGCUAGAAGCAGCAGUUUUAGUCAAGGUCUAGAAACAUUCCGUACCAGUACAACAAUAUAAACUGCAGUCCGGUGAGAAGUUGCUGUUCUGUGUCUUUUUUAGGAAGCUAUUACUGAGAUAAUAGUCCCAACUGUUUUUUAACUGGAAAAAAUAAAAAGACAAACCUUUUGAUGUUGAACUGAUGUAGGAAAACAGUGAAUUCUUUUUUUUUAAUUAUUAUUAUUAUUUUAACUUUUUGUGCAUCAGCUUACUUUUUAAAUGGUUGAUAGAACACAAGCUAUUCAGCUUUUUCCAUUGCACACCAAAUGCUUCUUAAAUAGCUAAUUGUAGUUUGACAGUAAACUUGCAGCAUACUGAAUUAAAGACCUCUGAAUGGAUCAGAACAUUCCACUUAAGGUUUUGGGGUUUGCUCUUUUUUUUCCAACUUAAAUUUAUUAAUAAAACAUCAGGUAGUUGAGAGGCCUCUUAACUGAGAUACAACUUUGUAAGCCUUUUCAUGUAUGAAAAUGGUCUUUAGAGUAGCUGCUCUACUGUAUGCUGAUAGAGGGAGAUGUGUUAGAAUAAUAACCGUAAAGCAAGUACAUAAGAUGUGUUUAAUCUGGGAAUUUGCACUGACUCCGUUAAUCUCAAUACGUCUGUCUAAUAAACAGUAUGCUGAAAAAUUGGCUUGAGUCACAGUAUGGCACAUAGAUCCACUAACUGGUUUUCUGGCCUGUUCAGGGGAGCUUUUAAGUAUCUUCGCUCUGUAACUUAGCUCUAGAUCUGAGUUACCUCUAGAUCACAAGCACUCCUAGAUAUGUUUCUUUUGAAAAAGACCAUCUUUUGAACAAAGACCAUUGUAAGAAGUGAUCCUAUUGGUGGCAGUUCUGGGCUGGUUCUGUUGCAGAGCCCUUUCUGGGUGCCGGGGGAUGAGCUGUGGUCGUUCUAGUUAGGUGCUGUGGUAGGGCCUGAUGCCUGUGGUUGGGAAGCGUGAGUGAGCAUAACAAAGUGCUACUACUGAGCCUGCGUGUAGACACAUCAGUUGUACUCUUUGGUGGUUUUACCCGAUUCUUCUGUGAGUCACUCUUCUGGGAGCAUAACAAGACUAGUUAUGACUGCUUUCUUGCAUAUACAGCUACUGUGAGGAGAUGCAGAUUUUUAUUUUGGCAGGGGCUUUAUUUAAUAUUGCUAGGCUGUACAGUGGUAUGUGUUUGAGAACAACUUGUAGCUUCAGCAUCUUAUUUUGUCUAGGCUGUAAUACAAGGAUUCUUGAGUAAAUAAUUUAUAAAUCACUUGAGUUUCCAGAUGUUUCUGCCUAAUGUUACUGUGUCUGGGAAACCUGGAUCCUUCCUAGAUGUCCUACAACUUAAAUACUUAACUCGGAAAUCAUAGCUAUUGUCUCAUACCUAAGGUCGGUUUUGUCCUACAUUUAACUUCUGUGUUCUCCCUGAAUACGGAAUGUCUUUUUAAGAACAGUUCACCAAUACAGCUUCUGGAUUUGGCUGUGGAGGGAUGACUAGACUUCACUUAAUCCCUGCUUUCUUUCCAAGAUACUGUCUUUGUGUAUAGUAAUCUCUUAAGGCAUAACUUCAUCCAGAGUAGUUGGAAGAGUAGUGUUGACUUGUUAAUAGACAGUUAAUGUAUUCUGCUGGGACUUUAUAGCUCGGAGAACUUUGUGAUCUUAAAAAUGUGUCUUCUCAAAAUGUCCCGCUGACCUUAUUUGUUAGGCAGAUUCUUUGAUUGGGUUACAGGUUACUUUCAUAUGUGUCUUUGGAGAAUGGAUUGAGCUUCCUUCUUUCCCCCAGAUGGCAUUUGAGUAACUACUUUGGAGAGAGAAAAGUUACUGAAAAGGCUUUUACUCUAGACAAACAUUGAAAAGAUGAUAAAUGAUACUGAAAAAGUGGUUACCCUUCAUACGAUUAGAAGCAAAUAAGGCAAAACCUUUGUGGUCCAGCAGAAUAAGAUACAAAACCAAUCCAUCAGAAAAAUCUUUACCUUCCUUUUUUUUUUUUUUUUUUUUUUUAGGUUCUGGUGUUGCCUAAGCUGAGUAGUUGACUUUUCUUACCUCUUCUUUGCAACAACCAUUUAUUAUAAAUGCACAUCUGAGAUAGAAGGUUUUGGGCUCAGUGGACAAAAUUGUGCUGUAUUCUUCAGUUUUCUCCUAUCUCAAGUCUCCUGUGGGUACAAAGGGACAUGAGAACACUGCUCAUUAACCAGCCCCGUUAAUAAGGCUGCCAGUCACCUCUUGAAAAGUAAAGGAUCACCCCUCUUGCUCAUGCGAAACUGUUCUUGAUUAAAGUGUAUGCAAAGUAUCAAAACAGAUACUUGAAUAUACAAAUUUAUAGCUGGAGUUGAGGUUUGUGACUAUAUGAAGUAGACUGUAUAUUUUAGUCUUUCAAAUCUAUGCACCCGUUUUUACAGUAUUCCAUCUGCAUGGAAUAUGGAAUGGACUAGAAAGGGGUUUUAAACGCUUGAGCUGGCACCAGCGAAGUUCUACAGAUGGGGUGGGUAGGUGUUCUUCACCACUGAUUGACCUAAAAAUCUGCCUCAUCUUAAUAGGAAGCAGGAAACAGUCCUGAAAAUAAAACUUUCAACCUUGAAAGAUUAUUUCCUGAUUUAAAUCUGGACUUAAAUAUAGUUACGAUUAUUGUUGGGAACUUUGAAAACUCAAACAUCACAAAAUUGUAUGGUUUCCUUCUAAUUCUGGUUUUCUCUAAAUGACAAAAUUUGUUGUGAUGGAACAGUCAAAUCUUAACAUCAGCAUCUGAGCGUUUGAUUGGUCUCAUACUAAUCUUGGCUUUCUUAUAGUCAGUGGCAGAACUUAACAGAAGGAGCUUUGAUGUGAACUUUGGGAAAAUUCCCUUAUUUAAUACCAGAUUAGCAUACCUGAUAGUUAUGAAGAAGGCGAAUUGCUUAAACUAUAAUGUGUUUCUGUGUGGCCAAUUUGUUUUUCCAGAGGGAGGGAAAUGGGGAAGGUCCUUCAAACUUCCUGGUUUGCAAAUACUGCUUGCUUUUACAUUGAAAUGAUUUUCAUCCCAGUCAGUAUGUUUUCCAAGAGUAAAGGUUCCAUGCUUUUGAGAACCACUGCACCUGGCUGCUUAGAGUUCGAUGUUGCAUUCAAAUCAUCUAACACUAAAGGGAAAGAAGAUACCUACACUGUAGUAGGCUGUUAAAGAAACUUAAUGUCUCUUCCUCUCUGUGAAAGCAAGCCCCUGACCCUCAUACGCUUCUAAGAAAACUUAAAAGCAUUGUCUUGGAUUUCUGUCUGUUCCUACAGGGUUUCAGAAACUGGGUGUUGCUGAAUUUUUGGUGUGGUAUGGUAGUCUCUGAUGAGAAGCUAAUUUUCUAAACUGUUUGUCUAAGGGUUAGAGGUGCUAUUCUAUUAACCACUUUCUUAGGCUUUUUGAAUAUAAUGCAAUUAAAAUUAUUUGUGGCUCUGUAGAUCCAGCCUUAAUGGAGAAGUCUGUUUUCCAAAAUCUGCAUCCUAAAGCCCAUUUGAGCGGUGCUUGAGAGAACUGUAUUAGGAAAACUUCAGCUUAACUUGACAUUUUGUUCCGAGUUAAAUUUAUCUGUGUUAGCUCUUGCUGCAAUUAUUAACUCAUUAAUUUUAAAAGCUAGGUUCCAUUUCCCCACCACCACGUUUUUUAUGUUCAUAAAAUAAUGAGAUGGGUGUAACUAGCUCAGUUCCAACUAUGGUGGCCAGUUUCUCCUUUCUACAAAAUGUGCUCAGAUACCCAAUAGUGGAUCAAGAGUACACCUGAAACUUUGGUAUCAAGACAAAUUUUAGUAAUUAUCCAUUAGACUUUUAUUAAAUGAAAAUGUAUUUCCUUUUUUGAAGCUAUUCAAUUUUAGAAUAAAUUUUAGUAAUGCAUCUACCAUAUAAAGUAAAUCUUCAGAAUUACGUUUUAGUUAAUUGUCAGGUUUAAAUUUUCUGAUGGCCUUAAACAUACCUGUAUAUAUGUCUUUGCAGUUCUUUAACUCAGCGUUUAAAGCAAAUUGGUCCAUGGCUUAUGUAAACACUUGAAAAAUAAAUCUAUUUAAAUGUUUUA